AUGGCACUCUGGACUGCAUGGACACUCUUGAUGUAUACAGUCCUAACUGGGCAGGGGUCAGAAGCUCAGGAUUGCGGAGUGGCACCUCUGAACACAAAGAUAGUGGGUGGUGAGAAUGCCACAGCUGGGUCAUGGCCCUGGCAGGUCAGUGUGCACCUUACUAAUGCGAGGGCUCACAUCUGUGGAGGGACACUUAUCAGUGACCAGUGGGUACUCACGGCAGCCCACUGCAUCAUAACAAACUCUCCUGGUUCAUGGACUCUUUACUUCGGAAGACUGACUCAGACUGGCACUAAUGUUCAUGAGGAAUCCCGCACUUUGACCCAGAUUAUAGUCCAUCCUGACUACAACAACACCUUGUAUAACAAUGACAUUGCCCUGAUGAAGCUGAGCAACCCUGUCACUUUCACUGACUACAUCAGACCUGUCUGCCUAGCAAGUAACUCCAGCCAGUUCCACAACUCUACCCCAUGCUGGGCCACUGGCUGGGGCAGACUUGGAAAGGAUGAGCCGAUGGGAGCCUUUGAGAGACUGCAGGAGGUUCAGAUUCCUGUGAUUGGAAACAAGCAGUGCAGUUGUAACUAUGUCCAAGUACCAUCUGCAAACAUCACUAACAACAUGAUUUGUGCGGGUCAAGAGAACAAAGGAACAUGUCAGGGGGACUCAGGUGGACCUUUGCAAUGCAAACAAGGCUCAGUAUGGAUCCAGGCGGGCAUUACCAGUUUUGGAGUACCUUGUGCCCUGGCUGCUUUCCCUGAGGUCUACGCUCGAGUGUCCAAGUACCAGACUUGGGUCACAGAUCAAGUGGCAGGGGCAAAGGUUAACUUUGUGACAUUCAACUCCAGUGGUGCCGACCAAGACAGCAGCUUUGUUUGUCUCAGCACUGCAAACACAACGGCUCCAACCCCGUCCAACACAGCAUCAGCCAUUGCCACUGAAUUGUCAUUUGUUGUCAUCGUGCUGACUUUGUUCCUACAGCACAUUUUAGCUCUGUAG